UCGAUAAAAUCACUACUCACUAGACCACGCACACAACUUCAGUUGAAAGACCACUGAAACUUAGAGUUGAGCAGUUUCAAGUACUUGGUAUCAAUGGCCACAAAUGAGAUUAUCAAUCAGCCGAGCCAUAAUUAAGUGCUACACAUGCCAGCAUCUCAACGCACAACCAAUAGUAUGCAAUGGCUGAAGGAUAUAUAACCAGGGAUCACAAUGAGCUGAACCCUAGCCCGAGGCUAAAAGAUUUUGAAGAGGAGGUAUGCUUCGAUUCAGUGUUGAAGUGUUUCUAUGAUCCACGGUGUAAAAGCACUGGACUUGCCUGUGAGUUAGAGCUGACAGUACAACAAAAUAUGUCAGGAUAUGCGCAUAUAACAGAAAAAUUUGUGGCAGUAUCUAAUCAUGCACGGUCUUCAUGCAGAACAAGUAUUUGUUCGCAAUGCUAGAAGAUGGCUUAGACCUAGAAGAUGGCUUAGACGAAAUAGAAAAUUCACACUUGAAGCUCUAUCUGUUACAAUGUUGAUCAGUUAUAGCCCUUGCUUCAAAUGUCGAGAAGACUUACAAGAGUUUUUUGCUUCAUGCCAUGUGCCUGUUCACUUCAAUCUCAAGAUUGCACGAUUGUAUUGCGAUGGUUCUUCAACUGAUGAGGCAGAGAGAAAACUAGACUUUUGGAAAAAAGACCUCGAAAUACGAAAUUUUAGAGUCAUUUUGAAUGCCAUUGAUGUGAUUUCAGAAGUAGAUGCGCUAACAACAACAACGAUACGUAUGAACAAGAAACAAAGGAAGACUAGAAAAAAAGAAGAUGUGAAAAUUAGUCAGCAAAUAGAUAGCAUUCAAAACGGGACUACACAUGUGAGGAAGCUGAUUAAACACUUCAGAUUAAAACCAGAUUUCAAACAGAAAUAUUUUAUAGACGAAGGUGAUAUGCAAAUGAUAUUAGUCCAGCUCAUAGCAUCAGCUGUAACGAGGAGUGAGAAACGGCCAACAGAGAUUAUAAAAUCAAUAAAGAUGGAUAUGGAUAAUGAAGAUGAAAAUUACCUAGGAGAUCCAUCCAGGGUGACGAUACACAAAAUCAUAAUGCCGUUGUCAUGGGUAUCCAUCAGAAAGUGCCUCGUGCUGGUGUGUGCACGUGUGCCCUCCACUGAAUGCCAAGAGAGGAUUACAAAGUUCAUGAAAGAAAAGAGAUUUGACGGAGUAAAUAACAAACUGAUACUACACAUCGCCAAAGUCCCUGUAGACAAAGAAAGAGACAGUUUCAUCGAGUGGAUAAGAUGUUUAGAGAAUGAAUCAAUCCAUGUCUGUCUACAACCUUUCUACGCCCCAUUUCCUUCCUUGUCGGGCCAAAUAACUGAUCGACAUGCUAAAUUGAAACACGAGUUUCAGACUCUAAAGGCAGAAAUAGAGUUCAGAAUGUAUUCUCCUACACCAUCAUCUCAGUACUCUUCAUCAGGCUCAGAUGAAGAAACAAGCUCUUUUACAGUUCAGGACGACGCAAGCAUGUCCCUAUCUAUGCAAGAAAUGAUGCAAAACAAGAGUCAGACUAGUUCAGAGAUGUCCGAGCUGUCCGUCUCUUCCUCAGAGGAAGAGUUGUCAGCAGGCUCAGAUGAAGAAGCAGGGUGUCACACAAUUCAGGACGAGGCAAGCAUGUCUCCAUCUAUGCAAGAAACGACGCAAAACAUGAAUGAGACUAGUUCAGAAAUGUCCGAGCUGUCCAUCUCUUCCUCAGAGGAAGAGUUGUCAGCAGGCUCAGAUGAAAAAGCAGGGUCUCACACAAUUCAGGACGAGACAAGCAUGUCUCCAUCUAUGCAAGAAACGACGCAAAACAUGAAUGAGACUAGUUCAGAAAUGUCCAAGCUGUCCGUCUCUUCCUCAGAGGAAGAGUCGUCAGAAGAACAAAACCAGUCAUCACAGGAAGAAGUAUUCGUGUUGGAUGAAUAUGAAAUAUAUAUACCAGCUAGUACAAGAAAACUUAAAAUUGCACAAUAUACAUAUAUAGACUCAUAAACAUGCCUUAAUUGAUGUGUGCUUCUCCCUAAAUUUUUUUGGGACAUUUGACAAU